AUGUGGGACUACUACAAUGACAAAACCAUCUUCAUCACGGGUGGAACUGGCUUCCUGGGGACUGCUGUUGUAUAUCGCUUGCUCACGCAAACAUCUGUGAGUCAUGUAUAUAUUCUGUGCAGAGGAGGUAUAGGAAAACUUCGAUCAAAAUGGACAACAUCACUAUCAUCGGCAAUAGUAGAAAGGCUUCUUAGCACCAAUCGCAUCACAGUCAUGGGCGGUGACAUCCUCUUCCCCGACCUCGGACUUUCCCAGAACGAACUGAACACACUUCAACGGGAAGUCAAUGUCAUCAUUCACUCGGCAUCCUCUAUAGAUCUUUCAAAGUCCCUCGAUAAACUAUCGGAAGUGAUCACCGGAGCCAGCGAAAGAAUCACAGACAUUGCUCUGACCUGCCCGAGUCUGGAUCGCUUUGUUUAUGUCUCGACUGCAUAUUCCAAUGCCUACCUACCUCCCACUGGAGAAGGCAUCGAAGUCGAGAUCAAAGAAGACAUCUAUGAUCCUAAUCCCAACGAUCAUUUAGAUGUCAUUAAAGAAUGGACACAGGUGCAAGAGACUGGCUCUAGCGAUGCGUAUAAAGCCCACGACUUCCCCUGGCCGUAUGCAUACGCAAAGAACCUGACAGAGCGGCUUCUUCUCUAUCGCUUCGCUCAGAGCGGUGUCAAGGAAAAGCUACUUAUUGUGCGCCCUUCUAUCAUCGGACCGGCACAGAAUUUUCCAAAUCCUGGGUACAACGUGCCCCUAUCGAGCCCGUCGACAUUAACCGCUGCUGUAAUUGCACUGGCCCCUGGUGGCAUGGCUACUGUUGCAACGAAAGCAGUUGGACAAACCUCUCGCCUGUUCGUUGACGAGGUUCCAGUCGAUGUAGUUGUUGAUCGUUUGCUCGCCCAUUUGGCUGUGGGAACUAACGGUUGUGUUCAUGCAGUCAGCGGGAAACAAGCACGGUAUCAAUUCAUCAACUGGUGGGAGUCGGCAAUUUCACUUCGGCGCGUGCCGAGGAAUAUUGAUUUGAAUUGGAAAGACAUAGACUGGAAGUCCGAUGAGCAACAUCCGCUGGCUCGGUUCUAUGUAAUCUUUGGGUCUUCUUUCGAAUUUUAUGAGGAUAGGACUAUCGCUCUUAGCCGACAUCCCUUGGUGGAAACCUGUAAAGAGCUGCAACUGUUCAAUCAGCUCAAUUUAGGAGAGCAGUUGCGAAGUCGAACGGAAGACAUCUACUCGGUGAUGAACCAUAUUGCCGAGAGGGAUGAGAGGACACGACGAGUCAUCGAACGAUACUAUCAGGAUUCUAUAAAGGCUAAAAUCUAG